AUGAAAGCAACGAGAUAUUCUACUUCCCGACAAAAGGCUUGUCAGCCAUGCUCUACUGCAAAGGCAAAAUGUGAUCGCAAGGCGGGAUGUUUACUUGACUUUUCAAGCCUGGAACUAUUCAGCCCUAUUGAUGUAGAUGGUAUUAGCAAUCGUUGGCUGAACACCUAUAUUCCCAUUCCCGGCCAAAAGGUUAAAGAAUAUCCUGCUUCCAUUACGGCUUUUAUCUAUAGACUUCUUAAGUCUUAUGCAACCGUUGCCAUACGCGGACGCGGUGUGCCCCCAUUUGUACACCCUUCCCAAAUUUCGGUCGCGUCGACAAGGCCGCCGCUUUCUACCUGCUUAAGUUUGGUUCGCAUCUGCGAGAAUCCAUUGCCAGGCAGUGAGAGUGUUGCCGCCGAUGUAUUACAACGGGAGAUGAACAAUCUUUAUGAGCAGCAGGGUGCAUACGACGAUUUCACUCUAUUAGCGGCUUUCCAGGCAUAUCUGAUCUACUCCAUGGUCUUGUUCUUCAAGCUUAACCAAGUUUCAGGCCCCUUCCUUCGACAAGCGAUGAUGAAUCUCCAAGAGCUUGCGUGUUCGAGUAGCCGGAACGGGCUUAUGUGCAUAGCCGAAGAACAGCGUGCUCGACCGCGAUGGGAAGCUUGGAUUGUAGUCGAGGCAAAGCGGCGGGCAUUGUUCACGAUGUACCUUUUCGACAGUGUUCUUUCCACACAAGACGGUCUUCAGACCUUUCUCGGCACUGAACUGCGAGGACUACCCGCCUCAGCAGACAAAUCUUUAUGGAGGGCACAGAUUCGACGCGACUGGGAAACAGCAUAUAACAUAUACUUAGCAGAUUGGCCAGAGGAAACCUUUCGUAUUGACGAACUCUGGCCGAUUCCUGCAGGGCUAGACGAGCCUGGUCUUCUCGAGAGACGCAAUAGAGUAGACCGCUGGCUAGAAAAUGUCGACGAAUUUGGCACAAUGCUCUAUGCAGAAGUGUUACUAAAUACGCCACCGGCAUCACCACCCCCGGAGGAGCCAUAUAGCAUCUUCGACAAGCAGCAGAAAGCUCUAAUCGUGCUUGUUGUUUCGACCGCAGCAACCUUUUCCGGGUUUGCGUCAAAUAUCUAUUUUCCCGCACUUCCUACCAUUGCCCAUGACCUGAAAAUUUCGAUAGAGCUUGUCAACCUUACAGUAACGUCAUAUCUUAUUUUCCAAGGUUUAGCGCCCAGCCUCUGGGGCCCCAUCUCAGACGUCAAGGGGCGCAAAAUUGCAUACGUCUUUACUUUUCUGGUGUUUCUAGGCGCAUGUAUCGGCUUAGCAGUGACGAAGAGCUACGCGACUCUUAUAGUGCUAAGAUGUUUGCAAAGUACCGGCAGCGCAAGCACUAUUGCGAUAGGAUCCGGUGUGAUUGGUGAUAUUACCACUCGCGCUGAACGCGGUGGCUUCAUGGGAAUUUUUCAGGCCGGGUUGCUCGUUCCCGUUGCAGUCGGACCAGUCAUUGGAGGCGCUCUGGCAGGAUCGUUAGGAUGGAGAUCAAUCUUCGUGUUUCUGGCAAUCUACAGUGGUAUCUUCCUAAUACUGUUGACCGUUCUUCUUCCUGAAACACUGAGGUCGAUUGUUGCAAACGGUAGCAGGAAGCCGUCGAACCCAAUUGCUACAUAUCCCUUACGAAUUUACCAAAAACUCACCAAAGUAAGAUGGAAUCCAGAAGCAGCUUCGUCAGAGCCUGCAGCAAGAAAGCAUAUCGAUGUCACGGGGCCAUUACGCAUUCUCAUCAGUAAACAUGCAGCGCCCAUUAUCAUAUACCUUGCCAUCUACUACGCUGUUUGGCAGAUGAGCAUCACCGCUAUGUCAUCUCUCUUUCAAGAUCGCUACGACCUAGGUGAGACCCAGAUCGGCCUGACGUUUAUUGCAAAUGGGGCGGGGUCUAUGAUCGGAACGCUUGUCACGGGCAAGAUUCUGGACACUGAUUAUCGUCGAGUCAAGGCUCAAUACGAAGUUCAAACUGAUUCUGAAACAGGCGAUGGACAAAUAAGAUCUACGGCAUAUAUAGAAGACCACUUCCCUCUUGAAAAGGCUCGCCUCCGACUCAUACCUGUCUUCUCCCUAGCUCAGUGUCUGUCCAUCGUUCUCUUUGGCUGGACCAUUCAGUAUCCCGAUCGCGUCCAUAUCGCUGUCCCCAUCGUUUCCACUUUCAUCACUGGCUGGACUGCCGUAUCUACGCAGUCUGUGGUUAUGACUUACCUCGUCGACAUCUUCUCCGACCGUAGCGCCGCUGCUAGCGCAAGUUUGAACCUCGCCAGGUGCUUAUUCGCGGCCGGUGGGACAAGCUUUAUAAUGCCCAUGGUAAACGGCAUUGGUGUCGGUUUGGCGUUUACGAUAUGUGCUAUCGUUCAAGUUGUUGCGCUAUCGGGCGUGGCCAUCCAGUGGAAAUUCGCCGCUUCAUGGAGACAGAAGAAAGAUGAGACGAGAUGA